CUUCGAGUAGGUUCUGAAACGCAACAGAGUUCCAAGAUAGCGAGUCUGCGCUCCAACUCUGGAACUCGGUUCUCUUCUUCUCCUCUUCUCUUAUUCUCUUCUUCUCUUCUCAACCACAGUGUUGAGAAUCAGAACCUAUCCAUCUUCUCUCCCCCUAUUUAUAUCGGUGUAUGUGCCGUAGUUUAAACCUAAGUUCUGCUCCGAAUCCGCCUUUCUCCGCUUGUGGGUUCUCGUUCGCAAUCUCCGUCACACACUCUUCGCUCCGUACGGAAACGAUUGCCAUCAAAAGAUGUCGGGAGGUUUCUUUCGAGGCACAUCCGCGGACCAGGACACUCGGUUUUCGAACAAGCAAGCCAAGCUGAUGAAAUCACAGAAGUUUGCACCGGAAUUGGAGCAUCUGGUGGACAUGACGAAGGUGAAUAUGGAAGUAAUUAAGCCUUGGGUCACCAGAAGGGUGACCGAGUUUCUUGGUUUCGAGGAUGAAGUGCUUAUUAACUUCAUACACAGUCUUCUGGAUGCUAAGGAAGUGAACGGGAAGGAAGUUCAAAUACAAAUUACUGGAUUUAUGGAAAAGAACACCGGAAAGUUCAUGAAAGAACUUUGGACACUUCUUCUCAGUGCACAGAAAAAUGCCAGUGGUGUUCCUCAGCAGUUCUUGGAUGCCAAGGAAGAAGAACUUUUGAAGAAGAAGGCUGAAAAUGAUCGUAUAACCAGUGAAAUUCAGAGGAAAAAGGAUAAGGAAGGUAGAGAUAUUUUGGAAGAGAGGUUUAAGAAACUGGACGGUGGAUUUGAUUCCAAGGAUAAGGAUACUGCAUCAGCUCCAAAUUCAAAGUCGAAGGAUUCAGGAUAUGAUCGAGAUGGGAAGGAAACUGAAAAGAGGAAUGGUGUCAGGGCAAGGAGCAGACUUUCUAGGUCCCCACAUUCACCUGCAGUUUCUACUUCACCUCAUCGAGGCUCACCCUCAAGGUCAAUGAGCAAAUCAUUUUCAAAUUCCCGAAGUUAUUCAGGUGGUAGACACAGGUCAAAAAGUAUGUCUAGGUCUCCAACAGCUCGAGGACGCUCUCCUUCUUUUGAAAAGAUUCACCGUUCUCCACGAAGACGAUCUAUUUCUCCUCAUCGGCAUUCACCACGACGUUCUCCUCAUAGGAGGUCACUUUAUUUGAGGAGAAGAUCUGGAUCUCGCUCAAGCUACAGAUCUCCUUCUCCUAUACGACGUAGAAUUCAUUCACCAGUGCACCGAAGUUCACCUUCUUAUCGACGUCGAAGGUCACCUUCACCGGUGCGACGACGAAGGUCACCUUCACCAGUGCGACGACGGAGGUCACCUUCACCGGUGCAACGGCGGAGGUCACCUUCACCAGUGCAACGACGAAGAUCACCUUCUCCAGUGCGACGACGUUGGUCACCUUCUCCAGUGCGACGACGCAGGUCUCCUUCUCUUGGGAGAAGACAUAGAUCUCCUUUGGUACGACGACGUAGAUCUCCGUCUCCUGAUCAUCAUCAUAGAUCACCGUCUCUUGGUCGUCGUCAUAGAUCACCGUCUCUUGGUCGUCGUCAUAGAUCACCAUCCCCAGGGCACAAACACAGAUCCCCAUCACCUCUUGGAAUGUGGAGAUCACCCGGUCACAGACAUAGAUCACCAUCACCUCUUGGACCACGAAGAUCACCUUCACCUAAACGACGAAGAUCACCUUCACCUAGACGACGAAGAUCACCUGUCACUCGGCAUAGAUCACCUUCUCCAGUCCGUCGAGUUCCACCAAUCAGUGCUCGGAAUAGAUCAGAAUCUCCCAUGCAAUCCCCCUCCCCAAUACAACGAAGGUAUGGUAGUAGAACUCCUCCACACUCACCAUCCCCAUUGCGACGCAGAUCACCUAUUCCUAGCAAGAAUAGAUCUCCAAGUAUCUCCCCUCAGAGGUCUCCUCGAGAUGAAUGGAGUUCUCAGUCUCCAAUACAUGUUUCAACCUCUCCAAAUAGGAAAAGUUCUCAAAGACAACAAAGAAGUCCCAUGCAGUCUUCUAUAAGGAGAGUCAGGAGUAGCCCUGUGGGGUCUGUACGAAGAGGCAAAGCUUUGAACAAAAAAUCACAAGAGUCAAUGUCCACUCCGGAGAAAUCUCCAAAUCGAUCUGUAUCUGCAGAAGCAAGGAGUGAGACCAGCAGUGAAGGUAGAAGUCCUCAUGGGAACACUAUGAAACAAAAAGAAGAGUUAUCUAAUAAAAGAAGCUUGAGUCCUUUAAAGAAACAAAGAACCCAGAAAUCUAGCCAUGAAAGCCCACAGACUAGAGAUGAAGCAGAAGAAACAUACUAUUCCAGAGAAAGGAGAGAUUCUAAAGUAAACUCAUCACACAAGAUAGUAAGACAGUCACCAGCUAGUACGAGAAAAGGUUCACCUGCAAAAUAUGGUCAUGAGGAUGAGUUCUCUCCUGAGAGGGAUGCAGGUCAUCCAGCUUCUGAACAUAACAAUGAUUGGAGUAAGAAAGACCGGGAAAUAAAAGGGGAUAAGUCUGCUGGAAAAGGCAAUGAAUUUCUUUCUCAACAAAAGCCCUCAGUUAACAAGGAAACUUUUUCGAGGGAGAAGCCUCGUGAAUCUGUAGAUAUUAAAAAAUCAGAUGACAAGGACCAAUCCCGUUCAAAUUAUGCCAAAAGUAGUGAUCGGCACCACAAAUCAGAAGCCACUCCAUAUUUAGUUGGAAGAGAUGAUAUUGGCAAUCAGAGUGCUUCACAUGAUUCUGAUUCUGAGGAAAGUGGUAAGCAUAGACGAGAGGGCAAGGACAGGAAAAGGCAUAAAAGGUCUGAGAAAAAAUAUGCGUCUUCUGACGAGGAUUAUAGUUAUGAUUCUAAGAUAGAGGACAGGAAAGAGGCUAAGAAGAGGAGAAAGGAGGAGAAGAAGUUGCGGAAGGAGGAUAAGCGUAGAAGACGGGAAGAGAGGCGUCGCAGAAGGGAAGAACGACGUGCAGAGAAGCUGAAGCUGAAAAGUAAAACAGACAAUAUUUCAGAUGACGAGGAAGCUGGACGAGAUUAUCAUCAAAGUGAUGGUGAAGAGACACCAUCUGAGCAAAAGAAGCUUGAGAUUGAAUUGCGGAAUAAGGCUCUUGAAUCCCUCAAAGCAAAGAGGGGCAUCAAUAAUUAAAUGCAUCACUUCUGAGUUUUUAAGUUGUUUUAUUUAAAAACUUGAGAAAUAUCUUAGUUUGUUUAGGAACUUCCCAUUUACAAAUGUUAUGUUUGUUUAUUUUUUGGUAA